UCUAGAGGGUUCUUGCAUUUGCGGCACCAACUCAGCUCGUCGUCACUCUCCUCGCCUCACUGUCCCACUCCCACCCACCCGCUGGCCGCUGCUCAUAGAUAGAUUCAUAUCCCAGCAGCUCCUCUCCUCCUCCAGCUCACCCGCGCGGUCCAUCUCCCAUCCCAUCCGUCCCAACUAACUCUCUGAGAGACACGAUGGAGAUGCGGCUGGCGCUGGCCCUGCUUGUGCUCGCCGUGGCGGCCUCGCAGCUGCCGUCGGCGGCGGAGGCGGCCAACUACACGGUGGGCGACGAAAAGGGCUGGAAUCCCGACGUCGACUACACGGCCUGGGUCAAGAAGCACAAACCCUUCUUCAAGGGAGACUGGCUCAUCUUCGAGUACCAGAACGGUCGGUCGGACGUUGUGCAGGUGGACGAGGUCGGGUACGACAACUGCGACAAGGCCAACGCGCUGAGCAGCUACAGCAAAGGACACACCUUUGCCUUCCAGCUCAAGGAGGCCAAGGACUACUACUUCAUCUGCAGCUACGGAUACUGCUACAACGGCAUGAAGGUCCACGUCACGGCCAGGUCCACCGGCUCCUCCCCCAGCUCCUCCUCCGGCGGCUCAUCCGAUGAUUCCUCCUCAUCCGACGAUUCCUCCGACGACACGCCCUCGCCCCCAUCCAAGAAGUCCAAGGCCAAGUCCAGUGCCGCCUCGCCGUCCCUCCUCGCCGGCGCCACCCCCUACGCGUCCAUUAUUGCCGCCACAGGCGCCGCCGCCCUGCUCCUCAACAGGAUUAUGCUGUGAUGAGUGAUGACUCUGAUCCAUCCAUUCAGACAUCAGAGGUCCAUCUAUCCAUCAGAUCGGUUCAGUUGUGCUAUAAGAUUCUCUUCUUCCUUUUUUUCCUCUCUCUUCUUCCCUUUCAGAUCUCUAGCUGCUCCUCCUCCUCCUCGGUUGCGUGAUUAUUGGUUGGUUCUUGGUCCCAUUUUCCUUUCUCUUUUUUCCUCUCAACUUUUACUAGCUUUCUUUUCAAGUGGAGUUCGGUAAUGCUGCUACUGUAGUAGUAACUGAGUUGUCGAUGCAAUUUUCAAACAAGGUUAGUGUAAUGUCAAGUGUGAAGAGCUUUAUUCAUUCAUUUACACCGAA